AUGACUGAAUUUCAGAUUGGCCAAUCGUUCCAAAGUAAGGAGGAAGCCGUGCUGAGCGUAAAAGAUUACAGUAUUCGGCGUGGAGUUGAGUACAAGGUUAUGGAGUCAGACAAUCUGAAAUACCAAGGGAGAUGCAAGGAGUUUAGAAACGGGUGCACGUGGUUGAUUCGGAUAGUCAUGUGGAAAAGGAAGAGCACAUGGGAAGUUAGGAGGUACAACGGACCACACACAUGUAUGGCCACAUCGAUAUCGAGCGAUCACAAGCAGCUUGAUUAUCAUGUCAUCUGUGCGAGAAUCUUUCCAUUGGUUAGAGCUGAUGCGUCGGUGUCGAUUAAGGUGUUGCAAGAGGCAACGGAGGCGACAUAUGGAUUCAGGCCUAGUUAUCGGAAGGUGUGGUUGGUGAAGCAGAAGGCAGUAGCGCAGAUAUAUGGCGAUUGGGUGGAGUCAUAUGCGGAUCUGCCUCGAUGGAUCCUUGUGGUCACAUCCACCAUGGAAGGUUCCGUUGCUCUGCUGAAGACCUCCCCGGUUAGAGUGGGUGACCAAGUUGAUGAAGAUAGAGUAUACUUUCAUCGCAUGUUUUGGACAUUCCCUCCAUGUAUUGAGGCAUUCCGCCACUAUAAGCCGCUCGUAAGCAUCGACAGAACACACCUCUAUGGCAAGUAUGGCGGGACAUUGUUGUUGGCGAUCGCUCAGGAUGGUAACUCGAAUAUUUUGCCUGUUGCGUUUGCACUCGUGGAGGGAGAAAAUGCAGAGUCUUGGUCAUACUUUCUAUCCAAUCUUAGAAGACAUGUUACUCCACAGCAAGGUAUUCUCGUGAUCUCUGAUAGACACAACGGUAUCAAGGCUGCACUAGAGUCCCCCGAUAGUGGUUGGCGACCUCCCCAUGCUUAUCGGGCAUUUUGUAUUCGGCAUGUUGCUGCAAAUUUUGCCCUUACUUUCAAGGGACAGGAUGCGAGGAGGUGGCUGGUAAAUGCCGCUUAUGCAAAGACGGAAGCAGAAUUUAACUAUUGGUUUGAUAUAAUGAGGACAGAGAAUCCGGCCAUGUGCGAUUGGGCAAACAGAAUGGAGUAUGAGAGGUGGACACAGCACAAGGAUGGGGGGAGAGGAUAUGGUCACAUGACGGUAAGUAGGCAGACCACCUAA